CAGGAAUACACAAGGGAAAAUCUGGGAGCCGGACACCCAGUCGAGGAGCACCUGACCCAGGCGGUGAGCUGAGCAUGGGGGCUUCUCAUGGGAAGAAAAAGGCAUAUAACAUUGAGCAGCAGAGUGUGAAAAGUGGAAAGCACGUCAAAGGCAUGGCAGAGGGAGGGCCCUGACUGUGGAAUGCCCAGCGAGUCAUGUGACUGUUUACAUCUGAGAGGAAACCGAAGAGAGAGGCACGAGUGUGUGAGCAGCUCAGGAGAAACGGCCUGUGCACGCCCACAUACGUACUCACACGCAGACAUGUAGGCUCUCCGAGCACCCCACACACACUCAUACACACACACACCCAUACACACACACACACACACACAGGAAACAGAAACAUAAGGAUGGAUCAGCGAUUAGGAGCCGGUGUAUAUCCUGACAGUCCUCCCAGCAGACCCAGAGAUGUGCUGGUCAAAUCAGCCUCAGCAUACGCAGAUAUCCAGUGGGAACAGCCUCAUCAGCCUGAAAUAUCAUAUGAUGACCCAUUGCGAUGCCCACGGAGGAAUAUCCUCCCUGUGGCCAGCUAUGCCCCUCAUCCUGAUUAUGUGCAAGGGGACGAUGAUCUCAUCAAGCCAAAAAAGCUGGUUAAUCCAGUCAAAGCUUCUAAAAGCCACCAGGAGCUUCACCGAGAGCUGCUUAUGAACCAUAAACGGGGUGUGGAGAAUAAACCAGAGCUCCAGCGUGUAUUGGAGCAAAGGAAGAGAGAUCAGAUGAUCAAACAGAGAAAGCAAGAGGAGGAGGCUCGGAAAAAGGUCUCACCUCUGGAGCAAGAGCUUCUCAAGAGGCACAAACAACUGGAGGAGGUGAAAUUCCUGUGAAAUUCUUUUUGGAGCAGGAGCAGGAACGGCAGGAGGAGUGCUCACGCAGUGCUCCUGAGUUCAUCAAGGUCAAGGAGAACCUGCGCAGAACGUCGCUCAUGAGCACUGGAGAGAAAGAGGUGUAGAGGAGAAGAUCAGGAUAAAUCUGUGUGCUUCUUUCUCACUCAUUCUGUCUUUCUCACUUUUCUGUCUUACACAAAUAUAUGCUCCUGCUGGACAAAACCUGUGUUUUCAUAAAUCAACAUGGAAGACAGAAGAUGGAGUUCCAGAGCUGAAAAAGGGACAUCAUUUGAGCUUGUCUUGAUGAAUUCAGGGAUUGUCUGCAAUUCUGAAGCAGGUGUGCUAGUUGGAGAUGAACAUUCUGAUGAAGUUAUGUUUCUCUGCAGAAGAACCAGAGCAUCUUCAUACAGUGUACAAUCAGUAUUAAUGCAUAUCACUGGAUUCCCAACUGCCAAGUGCACUGCACAUCCCAGACAUUUAAGGAAUCAAUAUCAGAAACGCAAUGUUUUUUUUUUGUUUUUUUUUUUCCUGAUGUAUAACAAUCAGCACAAGUCACUUUUGUUCAUAAAUGGAAUGAAUAACAUUUCUCACUUCUGAUGUGAAUAUAUUUCCAAGGCUGCAUGUGUCUGUGCGAGACGUUUACAAAAAAACAGACUGUAUCCUAAUUACUGUGAUGGCACAACGAAUCAGUGACGGCUGACCUGCCUACCUGGAGGAGGAGUAAUUCUUUGUUUUGCAGGCGGGGGGGGGAGUAAAAACGGCCUUUUUUUUUUUCAAACUGCUUGUCUAACAACCUUUGGAGAAGCUGCGAAAUGGUUUCACAUGGCCGACAUUUUCACUGUUGAUCUGCUGUUCAAACUCUAAACCUGUCUAAGCGUUGACCAUUACCGUUUACAAUAAAAAAAUUUGCCCUUUCUGUCUUUCAGCCAAAAACCAAAAGUGUUUUUUGACAAUUUUCCAACGUCUGCUUGAGUAAAAGAGAAUGGUUUGUCAAUUAAUAUCACAGAGUUCAAAACUGUCCGUCAUAACACAUUCAUAUUUUUGUUUGGCUUCUGCAUAUACAGUAACUCAUUCUUUUAUACAACAUGAAACUCCUCCUCGAAACACAUGAAGGUUGGCGGGUCCGUCGUGGUCUUAACCCAGGAUCUAUUUUUUCGAGACAGGAGUGCUGUGAUGCUUAAAUGUCUCUGUUCUUUUUCCGUGCCUUUGUGAGAGCUACAGAACAGACAGCACAGGCAGAGCGAGUGACUGUUUCUGCAUUUUAAUCAUUAUAUCACUCUAUGUACCCUGCAUCAUCAUAGUUAAGGAUGUGUCACAUAACAGCAUGGCCUAUGUGUGUGCGUAAGAAAGAAAGUGUGUGUGUGUGUGUGUGUGUGUGUGUGUGUGUGUG